AUGAAUGAAAGCAGUGAAAAGCUCAACAGUUCUCUCAUUCUUCCUUUCAGUAAGGACUAUGAGUUCUGUUCAAAUGGUGUUUAUUUCUAUUGUGGAAAGAUGGGUUCAGGUAAGACAUUUAAUUUAAUUCGUCAUAUACUCAUAACAGAGUGUUUAGGAAACGACUCUUACUAUGACCAAAUCAUUAUAUCAGCAACUUCAGACUCUAUGGAUUCAACAGCGAAAACAUUUAUGUCAAAAGUUCAAGUCUCUGUCGUUAAAGUUCCAGACAGUGAACUCAUUGAAUUUCUUCAACGUUACAUUCGAUGUAAGAGGAAAUAUUAUGCCAUCGUAGAGUUCAUACAGUCAGGAAUGCAAAAGACUUCUGAGGAGAUGGAAAGAAUUAUUGACAAACACCACUUACGUCAGUACUCAGGAGUUUACGAUAUGAAACGACUGACAAACUACAUUCUAUCAAAACUUUCAAAAUACCCCUUCAAAAAAUAUCCUUCAAACACUCUGCUCGUUUGUGACGACUUCGCCGGAAAAGGUUUAGUGUCAAAACCAGACUCACCAUUAGCUAACAUCAUUACUAAAGUCAGACAUUACAUUUAA